AUGACGACAAGUAGUAAUAUAACAAAGAACUGCAUGUGGAUAUACAAACGUUACACGAACAGAUAUUGUGUAGAUCCAAAGUGUGUGGUGGUGUUAAGUCACUGGAUGUUUGGGAUGAACGAGAUGGAGGCUGGUGAUCAUGUUAUGAUUACCAUUACAUCACCAUAUAAUGAACUUGUAAAGGAAUGUGGGGUGAGUCUUGUGUAUAAUGACAGAGAAGAAGAUGCAUUCGGUUAUUACAAGUCAUGGAAAAACAUAAUUGGUGGAGUUCCUACCCAAAGUGCUCAUCUUUCUUGGCCUUUGUCUCUGUUGAUUUUUCCUCUGUUAUCGCCGUUUCAGGUGAUUAAAAUUUUGUUUAUUUCAGCUACUUUUGUUUAGUUUACUUAUCAGUUACAGUCGAGCGCGUUCUUGCUUGAAGUCCAGAAUGAUAAACAAAACUUUGCUCACGCAGUCUGGGAAAUUCUCGGAUUCUCGAAAAUUGCUUCCUUAAUCACUUUAUAUUUGAAUUCAUAAACGCAAUUUUUACAUUUGAUUCUUUUUUGAAGCAAGAUUGUAAGACAUCCAUAAUGUAAAUGAGUUACAUGAGAGAGGAAACUUACCAAGACUAUCUCCAUUGCCACUCUUCUCAUGAAACAAAGGAGUCUCUGUUUGACAUUUUUCUUGGCUGUAUAUCUUUUUUCUUUUUUGGUAAAGUGGCUUUAUUUCACCUACUAAAAGAACCAACAAAUUGAUAUAGUUACACAGAAGGCUACACGAUCUAACUUUUAGGCUGCAUUUGUCAUGCUAGACAUACUUUCAAGGGCAUUUCAGUUAUGAGGGUCAGGAGGGCAUUUACGUCUUUUUCAUAGAUGAGAGAUCAAGAGAUCAAAAAUUGCAAUUUUGUCCCAAGCAGUACAACUUGUUCUAUCAUCUCCUGUCUUUCAUAACAAACGGGGCCUUGAAGCAUUAGUUGACAAAAAGAUUCAAAGCAUAUAUUUACCUUACGAAAG